AUGCUGCCCUAUCACCUGAGAGUACCUGUCUACGGAAAGCAAAAUGAGCAUAUUAAGAGAAGUGCUGCUGAAGAAAAGGCAGUUGCUGCAAGAGGUGGACCUGUUCAGGUUGCCAUCGAAGAGGAUAUUUUGCUGCUCCAAGCGAAGUAUGUCAACCAAUUGCUUGCCAAAAAACAGCGUGAAAAUCAGCAUGAUGAAGAAGGCUUUGCGUUUCUAAUCUUUCGAGAGCUCUUCGCCCACUCCAAAGUUGCAAUGCUACAUCUUCUCUUGCCAAAGAGCUCCUGCGACAAAGAAGCAUAUUCGCAGCUGAUUUAUGCAGCUUGUUUGCAAGUUUUCAGGAAGGCCUUCUCGGCAACGAAUGGAGCAGAGAUAUCUUUGGAGAAUUCUGGAUUUAGUUUGUUCUGCCUCUAUGCCCUUUACGAAACAAACCCUCUACCCCGAGAGAUGCAGUCACCCUUUGAGCUGCUGUCGAUGGGACUACAAGGGGAUGAAAACUAUAAAGCAUUGUACAGACGUGUUUUUCGACAGAACAUUCGAAUCGACCACGGGCAUUACUCUUUUCUUCUGCAACUAAGGCAUCUAUGCUUGGCUCGGAUUGAUGCCUGUGGGAAGCGACUUUUUGGACACAGAUCACACUAUCAGAGCAGUGACGAUCCUUUACAUGCUCAUGACACGUUCAAAUGUAACUGCGCUAUUGCGAAAGACACAAUCCACAUUAUGAAUUUGCUUGUCACGAGAUGGGAUUAUUGCGACUACACGGGGCCAGUUGGGUUAGAAGGGCUAGCUGGCCAUAGUGACUACGUUUCAACGGAAUCGACAAAGAACGCUUCAGACCCGAUUGAGACGACAACUUCUUCACCCGAGCCUCUCUCUGCAGUGCUGAAAAAGGCACUACAGGCAUAUCAGCAUAGGGUCAGAGAAAUCCAAGUACCAGCAGGAAGAACACACACAGCUACCAAGGUUAGGAAGUCGCUUGAAGAUUUCUUUGCUUCGACAAGAAAUGAUCCUUUGUCUCAAGUCGAGGCUAGACUGUUUGGGACUGGCGGCUUUGACCAUCAAGAUACUCAAGAAGCUUCUAGGAAUGACAUGCAUCCGUCUAGAAAUAACAGUAAGGAGUCUGAUGAGACGAACAGUCGCGUCUUUGUUGCAGGCGAAAAACACGCUACAGGAAACAAAAAUGCUGAUGCCACACUCCCGUCGUUUAAGUCGGUCAUUCCUCCCGGACUUCAGGAUGAGACAAAAAAUUACCUGCACAGAGCUUUGGGAGCCUUAUUUGAGCGCCAGUUACCCUUCUUGGAGACAACAGCACUUAUUGGUGGUGAUUCUACAGACGAUGUAUCUUCUGUCGGAUUUGGGGGCAUCUCUGUUGCAACAGGCGGAGGUAGAAAUGCUCUCCAGGCCCUUCUUUCGAAGGCAAAUAUACGUAAGGGGGUUCCAAGUAGGGUGGGGGCUGCCAAUAACACCAACGAAGUGCAAAGAAAUAACUCGGCUAUGCAAUUCCUGACUGCUGAUAAUGCUCUUAUGAAUGAUGAAGUCGAGUCUGACGGGGACGACUCAGAUGUAUCAAAUCUGUCGUUGUCUGACUAUGAAGAUGACGACGACAAGUUCGACGAUGCUUCUGUGGCCACUUCUGCCGCUGGGAAGCAAGCUCUCUCUAGCCUUCUCAAUCAAGUCAAGAAGAGUCAAACACAAUCUCGGAAGCCAGCGCGUGCGAAGAAAAGACAUUCACUCUCCAAAAGGUCUACACCCACUGCUGUCAAAGCAGUAAUGAAAUUACAAGACUCGGCAGAUACAGUGUCUGUUUCUACGUCGGUUGGUGGAGGACAAAACGCACUGGCCACUCUACUUGGUACAGCACAGCCGAGGGAUAGAGACAGCGCGAGCGCCAAAAGAGCUAACGCCGGGCGCAAUUCCAAAGGUGCACGAGGAUCCCAGACUAGGAAAUCCAAACGGGUCCGCGUAUCAAAGGAAAGUACCACCGAACGUGACGAACUCUCAAUGGCGAGCUCCAUUGGGCAUGGGCAAAACGCACUUGGAGAUUUACUUCGCCAAGCCAGGGACACUAAGCAUGGGUCUCUUCGUAGUCCGUCGGAUGGAGGGUCAUCGGCAAGUUCAGUUGGAGCCGGACGAGGAGCCCUUAGUACUCUCCUCGCACAUUCGGGAGAAAAGAAAGUUUCGAGCGAAGAUACUAGCGAAGAUACUAGUGAAUUGGCUUCGCUUGCUGCAAGUAGCAUGGGGCAGGGUCAAGGAGCCCUCAACUCACUCAUGCUGCUAACCCAAAGUUCAGCUCAACAAGAGGAUGAUGCCGACUCGGUUUCUGUGGCGACCUCCAUUGGAGCGGGGAGAGGGGCGUUGGAUAUUCUGCUCAAGCAGACGGGACAAACAUCCGACGACGAGGGGUCAGACUCUUGA